GGGGUUAAAGUCUCUGUGCUAUCAAGCUCUUACCAGCCACUGUGGCCUGAGUUCGAUCCCCAGCCAGAGAGCUAACCCACAUGGCCCAGCAGACCUCUCCUGUCUCUCCCACUGCUCCCCUCAGCAGUGUAUUUCAGUAGCUCUACCUGUUCUGCUCCCCACUCUGUCUAGAAUAGUUGGGAAGCCCAAAUGGGAGUCUCCAUGUGGAAGGCUUAUACACCCCCUUGAUCGUGUGUCACUUUAAGAAUUUAGCACUCACAUUGUUGGCUAUAGGGACUAAAGAAUUAAGUAGAAGCCACAGAGUAAACUGGAGAACAGAAUUAGCUCAAAUUCUGCAGUUGCAAGGAGUGGGCCCCUCAGAUCUGUGGAAUACCAGUUGGUGGAAUUCUGGGAACAGUUGAGGAUUAGAUCUUUUUGUAUUGUUUUCCCUGUGUUACCCAAGUUUCAAGAAAAAGAAUUGAUUGAGGACUCUUGGUAUAAACAUUAUAAUACUCAUGACUGCCAUCAUCCACUAGCUCCAAUAACUAACUUCUUUUCUUUUUUUUUUUUUAAAGAGGAAACUUUUUACACAGAAGCUAACUUUUUUAUGAGUUUGUGUUCUGUUUAGCUUGGCUCUUGAAGUAUUCCAGAAACUCAAUGCACAGAAUAUAUUGCUGUAUAAAAUAAGGGGAAAAUGUAAAAAGGAAACUGAGUAUGUUUUAAGAAACUCGAAUGAAAAAAUAUUGACAUUUUAAUUCAAAUUAAUGUUGGUAAGUCUGUUCUCUAGCAGCAGUAAAAGACAUAAACUCUUUUUAUUUGUUCAUAACUUUGAGCUAUAAAAGACAUCAUUAUUAAUAGCUUUUCUCAUAUGGCAGCAUAGGCUUCAAGUUUAAGACCUCGAAAAUGUAAAGAAAACAUGCAGAGUAUUAAUAAAAUCUGGAAAUUAUGUAAGGCUUUUGUAUGUCAUGCUUUUUCACACUUCGGAAGACAUUUACACGCAUUCUCUCAUUGAGACUAGGACUUUGCUAAGAUGGGCAGGGAGGUUUUCAUUGUCUCCAUCCUUCAAUGCUGGAUACUAAACUAUGGAGAGUGAAGUGACUUGCCCAAGGUUACCUACAUAGUGACUGGGCUGGUGAUAGAAGUAAGGACUUCACAUUGUUAGUCACAGCCAAGUCUUGUCCCUUUUGUCAUCUGGAGCUUCUUACUCCUUCCAGCCUCCCUACCCUAUCCUGGAUCAGUUAUUAAUUGUGGGCAAGUUGCAUCCCCCACCUAGUUGAGCUUUCAUCCUAAUCUAUCCCACCACUCGGUCAUUUUCUUGCUGUAUAGCACAUCUCAAGGAUCUCUACUGUGCCAUGGUCAGAUGACUCUUCCAAGAGCAUAUCCACAGUCAUGCCAUCGCCAGGUGGAAAAUCUUCAGGGGCACAUCCCUAAAUCAUCCCUUCUUCCCACACCCACCUGUCUUUCUAACCUACCUUUGCCUACUCUCUACUAGUCUUCUAAGCUCCAGCCUAAAUGAGUGGUUGCUUUCCCUUGGAUCCUGCCAGCUCUCCUGCCUCCCUGCUUGGUGCCUCCUGUGCCCCCACCAUGCUCUGGGCAUCUAUGGCUCUGGACCCCAUUGAAAUGAGACUUUCUGAAAGAAACCAUCAUCUGCUUACCCCAAAUUCGGGGCUCUCUCUUUCCUUGAACUCAGUAGCCCUUUGAACCUACAUCAUGACGUUGAUUGACUCCUCUGUGAUAUUGUAGUUGGCCUUGUUCCCUUAUCAGAGUCUGUGAACACUUGAAUGCAUAAAUCUACAGAGAGAGUGAGAUAAAGGAUGGUCACCACUUCUGGAGCCAGGCCCAUCUGCAUUCAAGGCACCAUAGUCCCCUUCCAACAACCAGGGGAACUUCAGCCAUCUAAGGCCUUUGCUAGAAUUGAUUGGGGCUUUAAGAAAAGAUUCUACCCACAUCCCACUCUGAGAGAUUUGCUGUGAUUUGGACUGGGGCUUGGCCUGUGCAUUGAGAUUUUCAAAAACUCGUCAGAUGAUUCUGAUGAGCAAUAAAAUUGGAGCCAUUGAUUGAACCUGUCUGAGUGGGUAGGUUAGAACUCACCCUCAGAGAAAACAUAUCUCGCCCAGAGUUCCUGGCAUGGCAGGAGAUGGCAUGAAUACAGCCAUCUGGUAGAGUAUGCUCUCCAUCUACUGCCAACAAGUGAGGGCCACUAUACCUGAUUCCACACUAUUGCCUCCAGAGCUCCUGAGACAGUGUUCCUGACAGACUAGGUGUUUGAAGUUGAAUUCUAAAAUGUGACAGAUAAAGAAAGCAUGGGCCUUUGACAGAUGUGUGAUGUCAACCUCUGGUGACUGUUUUGGUGACUGCACUUGCUGCAAGGUGGCCAGUAAACUGCUUUAUGUGGCUCAUCCUGAAUACAGCAGCCAAUGGCUGGUGGGCCCUCCACCCCUGGAGGUAUGAGUGGGAAUUCUGCCUGAGACUGCCUCUAUGAGCCACAGAAGGCAUUAGGCAGGGGGUGGCGCUGUUGUUUCCGGGGGAAUUGCUACCUCUGGCUUCACCCAGUUGUGAUGGUUCAGGGUCUGGGUGGGGCUACGUGUUUACAAAUAACUUUUAAAUGUGAUAAUGGGAUUCGACUUCUGGAAUGACAGAGGAAUGAUGGCAAGACCCAUCGUACACCUGCCCUUUACCCCUGCCAAUGUGUCACCCUGUGUUAUGUGGGACUGAUGGUCUUUGCAAAAACUUGGAGAGGCCGCUCUGCCUUGAGUGGUGAAUUGUUGCCUUGAGGAUAUUAAUCACAAGAGAAGAUUAUGGUUUUGAACUCUCAGGCUUUCUUCUUGGCAUUCAUUUGCUCUUUUCAAGACUGCAUAGCUAUUAGUAGUCCUUCCGGAUGGCAGAAAGAAAAAGAAAUGACCGCUGAAGAUUUGGGAUCUUAGUGCAGUUAACUAAAAUGCUUAUAGAAUAAAUAGUACCUCUGAUUAUGUGGGGUAUUGAAAGGCUCCAGUGCUCCACAGAACUGGAGAGAAAUGAGAUGAGAGGCCUCAUAAAAGAGCAGUCAAUUAUUUUAAAGAUGACUUGGCAUCUUUUAAUUUCUCAUCAGGUAAUGAAAUAUCUAUUUGAACCUGAGGCUGUUGUAUCAUUUUUGGAAUAUUCAACAAAACGUAUUCACUUAUUGAGAACUUAUUGAGACACUUAUUGAGAACUCUCCUGUGCCAGGCCCUGGGCUGGGGGGUGAGAGGCACAGACGGAUGCCACACGGACACUGCCCAUGGGGAGAUCAGUGUCUCCUGGGAAGAGGUGUAGGAUGGAGAGCUAUGCAGACUUCUUGGAGAUAGUGGCCUGAGGUAGGCAGGCAGGAAGUAGGGGUUAUCUGGACGGGAGGAGCUGUUGAACAGGAUAAGGGGAGUGCAUCCUCAUGAGCCGGGCUCACCACAGUGGCAGGGCUGGGAAGGACUUGAGCUUUCUUGGUCAGCAGGCAGUAGGGUCAGGGGGACAGGAACCACAGGUCUAGGAGCCUGCUCUGCCUCAUCCUGUGUGUGACAUCAGACAUCAAGGCCCACUGGACUCCAGGGUCAUCACCUGCCAAAUGCAGCCUCUGUUAGUAUCUGAAUCUCUGAUUGCAGGUGCUGGGGAGGGUCAGGGAGAAUCUGCAUCUGCAGAGACUUCCUGGGGAGGAGAGGGUUUGAUAGGACCCUGGGGUUGUAGAGUUCACAGUUUGGGAGGUCCUCUUUUCUUCCAAUAGGCCUCUGUCCUUCCUGCGAACUGUAGGCAGGGUCUGUGUGAAGAAGCGUACGAUGAUGUUAUUAUGAGCAUCUCUCUGAGGAUUUGAAUUCUCUGUAAGAUCUAAGUUUAGGGGAGAGGAGAGGACAUGGGUUGUGGGCCCUGAAGGUGGGCUGCAUAUUAAGCCCUGUCACUUGCUGAUGGUACCACCUAGUUCUUUCUCAGAGUCUUGCCUCUUCCCCAGCAAAAUGAAGGUAAUUCCAGUUACUCAAAGGCUUAUGAGGAUUCCAUGAGAUCAUCGAUGAAAGCGUUAGCAGAAAGCACAGGCUCUGGCCAGUACUCAGUCAACAGAUGCUAACUGUUCCUGCAGUGAAAGGGCUGCAUGAUAAGGAGGAUGGGGGACAAAGUCAGAGGUGCACCCCAGAGUUCAGGAUGAGGGUUGUGAGGAUUACAGAAGCCUUGCUUUCUCCUUCUUUGCCUUAUAGUUAGUUCUCAGUAGUGUUUAUUGGAUGACUAACUAGAUGGAUGAAUGAAUGAGCAAAUGAAUGAAUGAAUGAAUAACAAAAAUAGUCCUCUGGUAUUUUUUGCUAGGAAUUUUGUCUGCACACCUAUCUUUAUUGUUAGAAAUUAAUUGCUUCUGUAGUCUGCCUUGAAGAAUAGCAGGGAUUCCUGUGGAUUUUUACACAUGAGUAGGGUGUUGGGGACUAGGGUCCUGGUCAGGCUGGUGGGGAAGGAAUCCACCCAUUAUGAACUGAGUGCUCAGGGGCUGCAGCCCUGAGAGGUCCGUGACAGGGUGAGGUCUGCUGAAGCUAUGCCCACGCUUGGGCCAGGUUUUCUUUAUUGCUGAGGAGAUACUUUCUCUUCUGUGACUGGCUUUGGGAGGCAUGUCUGGCAGGGAAGCAAGCAGGAGACUGGCCACCCACAUGGCAUCCCAGCCACAGCCUCCAGAGAAGCUGAUACCACCAUUAGACACUCAGAUGGGGGUGGAUGACUCGUCUCAGAGGAUGGCUUCAAGAGGGGGGCUGAUUGACCCAGUGGCAUAUGUUGAGACAAUGAGGGCUAAAGCCUGCCCUCAGGAACAAAGGGCUCAGCUGGCCUGCAGCAGCUGAAAUUGGUGUGGGACAGAGGGAGACCAAGGACUCCAGGUGCUGACCCUGCCUGACUGGGGCAGGUUAGCAUUUUCCAGCAGCUGAUGUUGCCCACUCUGGCAGGUUUCUGGGAAAGCAUGGGACCUCAGGUUAUGGUGGGAGGAAGAAUUCAGGUUGGAAUUUAUGAAGUCAGGUGCUGGGGAUUGAGAUGGAAGCUGCUGAAUUAUCCAUGAUAACCCAGUCUUUGUUAUUUCUGUCCCAAGUGGCCAAUUUUGCAGAUCUGCCCAGGCCCAAGGUGCUUGUAGGCCUAAGAGAAAGAAAUUUGAUAUAAACAUUAUGGGGCAACUUUGCAAUGGAAAGCUGCAGUUUUGGAGCUUCAGGAUGACACUCUUGGGUGAGAACAGGUCAGUAAUGAGGCUGUCCCUCUGCACCCCUCCCCACUUCUAGAUAUGGUCCCAAAUUGUUAUUAGUUGUCUCGUUUGGGGAUGGUAUGAGAUGUUGGAGGGGAGGUGGUACUCCAGGCCCAAUUUGUGCUCUGCUUCCCCAGAGGUCAUGGGGUAAUCUUCCUGAAGUCCUGUGCAGGGGAGAAGGGGUGUCUGUGGAAGAAUAGCAACAUCUUUCCAGGAGCUGCACUGGUCGAAUUUGCAUUCUUGCUAAAUGUUUUACAGCAAAUGUUGCACUGAGUAAAUUGAAAUUGGGCAGGAAGGUUUUUAACCAAUUCAUCAGUCCAAGUAAAUCCCUGUUAAGAAGUAGAAAUGAGCUCUCAUGGGGAUAAUAGCCAUAGGAAAACAAAGUACAAUAAUAUUCUUCUGCUUCCAAAUUAUAUAUAAAAUCAAUUGCUGGUUCCCUGCUAAAAAGUCUAGUGCCUUGCACUGUAAUUUAUUCUGGGAGACCAGACAUGAGGGGUUUUGGUAUGCUCGCAGACCUCUGGCCCCAUGCUGAGGUCUUGAUUGUUGGCUUCAGAGAAAUGAGUUGAGGAGGGUGUGCUGCUUGCCUGGGAGGACCUGAGUGCUGGACUUGAAGGAAGAAAGGGGAGCACCCACCCUGAGCACAGCCGGGCCAGGGCUCCUGCUCUAUCUCAUUUAAUGGAGGUAAUCUGUGACUCUGCAGAGGAGGGUGUGGGACUAAGUGAGGAAGUAUCUCCUGCAGUGCCUGUCAGCUGGUUGAGAUGUGGGACUUGCAGCCUCGGCUCUGGACUGAUCCCUGAGAGCUAAUGCAGGCCUAGAGGGGAGCACAACCUCAGAAAUUGGGGCUAGGCUGUGGGUAGGAGAGACCCAAAAACAUCCAGAUAAACACCCACAGAUGCUGAGAUGGGGAUGCUGCAGAGCUUGAGCUGACUCUUGUGCUCUCCCUCAAGGCAGGGUCAUUGGUAAUGGCAUCCACUGGCCCCCCAGAGCAGAGGAGGUGUCUGUUAAGUGUUAAUGCACCUGUGAAUGACAACAUUAUUCCUGUUAUAAAUUGCAAACAUGAAAUAGCAGCAAGGGUAGAGACCAUUCAAUUCAAUCAGGACUAUGGGGCUGAUGGAGACGUUACAAAAUACAACUCAGGACAUCUUAGUUCUCAGGAAAGACCUGUUGACACAUGUAGAGAUAAAGGUAACAAACCUCAGGUUUCUUGAACAUCAUUUCACUACUAGUGGCCCAGCAUCCAGGCCAGACUGAUAGGUCAUGGUGCUCCCUGCGUGCUUGUCCAGUGAACGGAUGGAUGUAUCAGAAUCACCCAACACCAUGUGCAGCCCCUUUUCCCCACCUUUCGGGAGCCGGCUGCCUCUGACCAGUUAUUCAAACAGCAAGCAGCCAGGCCGCCAGCCCUCCACCGGGUUCUUACAGCAUAUCAGCCUUCCUUCCCAGAAUUCUUGUGACAGCUUGGAGGCAGACCCUAGGGUACAGAGAUGGAGACUUGGGGGUUGCAGUAAGCUUACUUUUUCAGGGAGUAAUUUCAAGUUAAAACACUGAAGAAUACAGCUAACCCCAUUGCCAGGACCCAUGUUUCAGAAUCCAUCCAAAUAUCUGAGGACGGUCAGAGCCAGCAGAUCAGCCUGGAAGCUGUGGGAGGAGCUCAUUCCGCUCCCCUGGGGAUGGUGCCCUUUACUCCAGACUGGCAUCCCCUGACCCCCUCCCCUGGGACCACCCAGGGGUUAAGGCUCAGCCGGGAUGGGCAGAGUCAUCCAAAUUUGCACAAAUGUGAAAAUUAAGGCCAGAAUGACUAAUUUGCCACUUUAGGGAGCAGCUGCUGUGCUAGAGGCUCAGGGCCAGUGCUGCUCUUGUGGAAUCUCACAGAAUCCUCCAGGCAUGCAGGGAGUAGGCUCAUCUGUGCUCUCCUCAGUGUACACAUGGGGAACUGGAGCUCAGGGACCUCCCGCAGUGUGUCCGGCACCACUCGGCCUAUUAUGAUUGAGCCAGGAUUCACAUGGAGUCUGCCUGAGACCCAGUACCUGCCUUUCCUGCAUUUCCCAGAGUGCCAGUCAGCAGUCCUGUGGAUUUACCCUCAGGGAUGUCUGGGUCAGAAGAAAGGGCAAAGGUCUGGGUCCUAAAAGAACCCAAUAGACAACUCAUCUCACCUCUCCAAGCCUCUUCUUCCAACAUGCUCAGGUCGAUGACUCUGCAGGUGUUGGCUUACUGCCAUGUUUAUAUUGGUGUAUGUGAGUGUGUAUGCAUUGGCAAGUUAGAGACCUGUAAUCUUCCCGGACAGUCACACUUCCUGGGUGGCACUCUGUUCCUUUGCAGACCUCCAAUAGUGCAGCGCCCACCUCUCCAUCUGCCUCCUCACCUCCUCUUCAGGUGGCAAGCUGACCUUGGCUUGGGAAGGACCAGCAGCCUCUUGCAAAUAGGAAUCAGUGGGAGAGAAAAAACAAAACUUUCAGCCCUCCAUGUCCCGCCUGGCAGUGCUAAUGGUCGAAUUAUAGGCUGGGGACAAUACCUCCGACCAGGGAGCCUGGAAAGUGCAGGAAGACCCUGCCAGGCACAGAGCAGUCCAGCCGCCGUUGCUUCUGUCCACGACCAGGGCAGAGUCAAUAAGCACAAGCCAUGGAUCGAGACUUCGUAUCAUGGAGUCAUAACGGAGAACAAUGACACAGUCAUUUUGGACCCACCACUGGUAGCCCUGGAUAAGGAUGCACCAGUUCCUUUUGCAGGGGAGAUCUGUGCAUUCAAGAUACACGGGCAGGACCUGCCCUUUGAGGCGGUGGUGCUCAACAAGACAUCGGGAGAGGGCCGGCUCCGCGCCAAAAGCCCCAUCGACUGCGAGCUGCAGAAGGAGUACACGUUUAUCAUCCAGGCCUACGACUGUGGCGCGGGGCCCCGGGAGACCGCCUGGAAGAAGUCACACAAGGCUGUGGUCCAUAUCCAGGUGAAGGACAUCAAUGAGUUUGCACCCACCUUCAAAGAGCCUGCCUACAAGGCUGUGGUGACAGAGGGCAAGAUCUACGACAGCAUCCUGCAGGUGGAGGCCGUCGAUGAGGACUGCUCCCCCCAGUACAGCCAGAUCUGCAACUACGAGAUCGUCACCACUGACGUGCCUUUUGCCAUCGACAGAAAUGGCAACAUCAGGAACACUGAGAAGCUGAGCUAUGACAAGCAGCGCCAGUAUGAGAUCCUGGUGACAGCCUAUGACUGUGGACAGAAGCCCGCUGCUCAGGAUACUCUGGUGCAGGUGGACGUGAAGCCAGUUUGCAAGCCUGGCUGGCAAGACUGGACCAAGAGGAUUGAGUAUCAGCCUGGCUCGGGGAGUGUACCCCUGUUCCCCAGCAUCCACUUGGAGACAUGUGAUGGGGCCGUGUCCUCCAUCCAGAUCACAACUGAGCUGCAGACCAAUUACAUUGGGAAGGGCUGCGACCGAGAAACCUACUCUGAGAAAUCCCUUCAGAAGCUAUGUGGAGCCUCCUCUGGCAUCAUUGACCUCUUACCAUCCCCGAGUGCUGCCACCAACUGGACUGCAGGACUGCUGGUGGACAGCAGUGAGAUGAUCUUCAGGUUCGACGGCAGGCAGGGUGCCAAGAUCCCUGAUGGAAUUGUGCCCAAGAACCUGACAGACCAGUUCACCAUCACCAUGUGGAUGAAACAUGGCCCCAGUCCCGGCGUGAGAGCCGAGAAGGAAACCAUACUGUGCAACUCAGAUAAAACUGAAAUGAACCGGCAUCACUAUGCUCUAUAUGUGCACAACUGCCGCCUUGUAUUCCUUUUGCGGAAGGACUUCGACCAGGCUGACACCUUCCGCCCCGCCGAGUUCCACUGGAAGCUGGACCAGAUUUGUGACAAAGAGUGGCAUUACUAUGUCAUCAAUGUGGAGUUUCCUGUGGUUUCUUUAUACAUGGAUGGAGCAACGUAUGAACCAUACCUGGUGACCAACGAUUGGCCCAUUCAUCCAUCCCACAUAGACAUGCAACUCACGGUCGGCGCCUGUUGGCAAGGUGGGGAAGUCACCAAACCUCGAUUUGCUCAGUUCUUCCACGGCAGCCUGGCCAGUCUCACCAUCCGCCCUGGCAAGAUGGAGAGUCAGAAGGUGAUUUCCUGCCUGCAGGCCUGCAAGGAAGGACUGGAUAUUAAUUCCCUGGAAAGUCUUGGCCAAGGGAUAAAGUAUCACUUCAACCCUUCCCAGUCUGUCCUGGUGAUGGAAGGUGAUGACAUCGGGAACAUCAACCACGCCCUCCAGAAGGUGUCCUACAUUAACUCCAGGCAGUUCCCGACGGCUGGUGUGCGGCGCCUCAAAGUCUCUUCCAAAGUCCAGUGCUUUGGGGAAGAUGUGUGCAUCGGCAUCCCCGAUGUGGAUGCCUACGUGAUGGUGUUGCAGGCCAUGGAACCCCAGAUCACCCUCCGAGGCACCGAGCGCUUCUGGAGACCCGCAGCCCAGUUUGAAAGUGCCAUAGGGGUGACCCUCUUCCCUGACCUCAAAAUCGUGAGCACCUUCGCCAGAGCCGAGGCCCCGGGUGACUUGCAGACCACAGCCCCCAAAUCAGCAGUCUUAGAAGAAAUGCUUCACAAUCUAGAUUUCUGUGACAUUUUGGUGCUUGGAGGGGACUUGGACCCAAGGCAAGAGUGUUUGGAGCUCAACCACAGUGAGCUUCACCAGCGACACCUGGACGCCACCAACUCCACUGCAGGAUACUCCAUUUACGGGGUGGGCUCCAUGAGCCGCUACGAGCAGGUCCUGCAUCACAUCCGCUACCGCAACUGGCGUCCGGCUUCCCUGGAGGCCCGGCGGUUCCGGAUCAAGUGCUCGGAACUCAAUGGGCGCUACACCAGCAAUGAGUUCAACUUGGAGGUCAGCGUGCUCCAUGAAGUGAGAGUCUCAGACACAGAGCAUGUCAACCACCUUAUUGUGCAGCCUCCUUUCCUCCAGUCUGUCCACCACCCAGAGUCACGGACCAGCAUCCGACGCAGUUCAGUUGUCCCAAGCAUCGCCACGGUGGUCAUCAUCAUCUCCGUGUGCAUGCUGGUGUUUGUCGUGGCCAUGGGUGUGUACCGAAUCCGGAUCGCCCACCAGCACUUCACCCAAGAGACCGAGGCUGCCAAGGAGGCCGAGAUGGAUUGGGAUGACUCUGCGCUCACUAUCACAGUCAACCCCAUGGAGAAACAUGGAGAACCAGGGCAUGGGGAAGAUGAGACAGAGGAAGAGGAGGAGGAGGAAGAAGCAGAGGAAGACGUAAGCUCCAGCAGCAGCAACUCAGAUGACAGUGAAGAAGAGGAGGAGAAAGGGAUGGGCAGGGGCAGACACGGGCAGAGCGGAGCCAGGCAAGCCCAGCUGGAGUGGGAUGACUCCACCCUCCCCUACUAGUGCCCACUGUCUGUGCCUGCUCAUGUGUCCCUUUUGUAAGCCCCAUCCCUUGUAUGCCCAAGUCUGUCACCUGUCACCUCUGAUUUCUAUGACAGGUCUCAGCAAGCCUUCCCCAGUGCUCUGUCAAGGGAUCCACCCUUGAUAUCUUAAGGGCCUCCCAUGUCCCAGCCCCAGGGUGGUUUCAAAAAGCCCAGUAUCAUCGUCAGUGGGGACUUUAAGGCAGACUUUGUCUGGUAGCCCCUGCUUACCUGCCCUGGGCUUCCCCAGCGUCCUGUCAGCCAAUCUCAGAGCGCUGCCUUUGCUCUCCUCUGCAGGGGAGAAGGUCAGCCUUUCUGUUGCUCCCCUCCCCCAGCUCCCUUGUUCCCAAGGCCUUUAGGGUCCAGCUCACUGUGCGUGCCCCCAACUCCUUCGUCUCUCUCCACGCCGACCAGCAGGUUCUCCUUUCCCGACUCCCCAGGUUGCCUACAAUCAGGGUGGUCGGACUUCACACGCAUAAGGUCUUAGUCCUUAAUACUUUAAAGUAAAUCUCUUGCUGAGGCAGAAUUAAGUUUGCGGGGAAAGGUUCACAUGCAAGCCCACGUGCACACACACAUGAACACACAUGAACACACAUGCACAAGUGCACUCCCCUCAGCUCAGAAAAUCUUUGUCAUUUAUGAGGCCGCAUAAGCUUAUAUGAGAAGUCUAAAGCCAAGAAUAGGCCCUUGGCCACAGCAGGACCUGCCUGGGCAUCAGCUAAGAUCCUGUGGCUUCCCUGCUGGGCGCCCCUACCACUCCAGGGCCCAGCAGGCACUCCACAUAGGUCCUGCCUCAAGCAACAGCCAUAACAUUCCUGCAGCCAGGGAGCAGAGGGGAGGGGUGAUGAGGUGACAGAGCUGGGCCUCAUGGUAGGUGUGGAUCUGGGAGUUGGGGCAGUCACACCCCUGGCCAGAGGCUGCCCUGACUGUGGUCAACAUGCUCUCACCAGCUAAUCUUAUGGCUCCUCCUUUAUUUCAGUUUUUCCUCUUGAGAUAAUCCCUUCUUCUCUGAUGUAUUAGAAUAAGCAUGAACUACACCAAGUCUAAAAUGGAAGUUUGAAAUUUGCUAGGAAUUAGAAGUAUCUUUUCAAUAAUAGCAGCUUCUUCUUUCUUCUUCUCAAAGGAGCGGCCUUUUGGGUGGAGGGCAAAUAGAUCUGAAAACCUAAUCUACUUCUUUCUUCUUUUUUUAAUAAGGAAAUCUUUUCCAUCUCCAUCCUAACAUGGAUACCUCAUGAGGAGAAUUGUUGCUAUAGUAACCGGUCUGUGAUCUUUUGUGGCCAAGAGAAUAGCAGGCAAGCAUCAGGGCUAUUCCAGGACUUCCACGAGGCACCAAGGAUGUCUAUGUUUCAAAUGCCGUGGUCUUUGUCCUCAACACAUAUCAUCUGCCCUGUCCUUCCACCCUCCCCAUAUUGGCUUGGCAUGGGCACAUAAUUAGCCCCUGGUCACAGUGGCAUUUGGGCUCGAAAGAAAGUGCAGAAUCUGUCGAUUCUGCUUCCUGUGUCAUCAAAACAGAGAUCCUAAGUAAGAGGCUGCGGUCAAUGUCCUCUAGUCGGACCCGCAGCCAGGGGGAUGCAGCACAGGACUUUGCAACUUUCUGAUUCUAGGAAACAAUCUUAUGCUGCCUUUCUCCUUACCUAAAGUGAUUUUUUCAUCUUAUCCCUCCUUUGAGUUUCACAAUAGCUGUGUGAGGUUGUUGGGACAUCUGUAUUUAGAUGCAAUUGCAAUGAGGAAACUGAGGUUUGGAGAGGCAGCAUCUCAUUCAGAGACCUUCAGAGGUAUUGGCAAGACUGGGCUUUCCGCUUUCCACUCCUAGUCCAAUGCCCAUCACCCUGCUUAUCCUUAAAUCAAAUUUGUGCAACUCAUGGGCAUUGCUGAGUACCUACUAUGUGCUAAGUACUCACCCUAUAACUGUGGCAAAGGGAUAAAACUGAAUAAGUUCCUCCCUGCAGAGGACUUUAUAUUUGCAGGGGGUGGGAAGGGAGCUUAUAGGCAUACAAUUAUAUAAGAAACAAAUGCAGAGGAAGGAGAAGGUCCGGGAAGAGGAAGUGGCUACCUAAAUCACUUUAGGUACCCAAACUCAAUUUUCCUUUCUUCUGGAAGAAACACUGGCAGAAGUUUGGGGCAUUAAAUUCAUUAAAUGAAUUCUCCCAAUCGAAUAGCCCUCUUCUGUCAGGCUGGCUCUGCAUAUCUAUAGGAGAAAAUCUGUAGAAUUUUCCUCACAAUCCCCUUAGUUAAAUAAAAAGAGAUUCAUCAGUCAGGUAUUUAGGAGCUAAUAGAACUCUCCCCAAACAAUGGCAGUAAAAUGAAUACUUUAUAUGUUUAAAACCAAUUCUGUUGAAUUGGGUUUUGAUUUAAAAUAUUUAAGUCUGGCACUUGUGAGAGUACCUUUGUUCUUUAGGUUUGGUGAGGGUGGGGAAGGUAUUCCUCAUCCCCUUCAGCUGUUUCUCAUGUCUGCAUCACUUAUUCUUGUUUUAUUGAGCUGUUUGGGGUAUGUGAAAUCACUUGUUUUGAGGUUUGCUGGAAUGGGGGAUGGAAGGGAGCAGGUGAAAAUGGUACUUGGUUAGGGCAGCAGAGUUGGAGCCUUUGUGACUGGACUCAUGUAGAGGGACAAAGGAGAGCCCUUUCCAUCAGCUGCUGCUGUAGGGCUACCCAGCAUGCCAGCUCCAAAGGGAAGCAAUGCUGCUGAGCCUGUGGGCCUUUAUCAUGCUCCCAACCCCCUUUUCCUCCCCAAGGAUAGAGUGAAAAGGGGCCUUUACAUAAGAGUAGCUGAACCUUUGGAAAGUAUCUCAGGGAGUGGAGAGUAAUAAACUUGCCUUCCACCAAGUGUUCCAGCCACAAGUGAAAAAUGUAUUCAUCGGCUCAGCGUUUCCCACUCCAUAUGCUGGCAGCCGAAACCAAGCUCACAGAUGGGCUAGACGCCCUGUGGCCUUGCAUCCCCACUUCAGUAGCGGUAGAUGCAGACUUGUACUCAGAAGGACAGCUGACCAAUGUGGCCACAGUUCCGACCAUUGCUUAUCUUGCCAGGUGGAGGCCAGAUCCAGCUCUCUGGGGCUUGAAAACAGAUAGGCCAAGACCAUGAGCGACUCAGGUGAUGGGGAGGAGGAGAAAGCGGAGGUUGAGAUGGAAAAGCCAGAACAGAAUGAGUUGUGCAGUUCAGGAAAGCAGCCAAUUAGCCGGUCACCUGCCUUUAUGAAUUCCGACAGUGUGUUCUAGUAGGUGUAAUGAAACACUGUAGCUCAGACCAACACACAGAUUCAUGUGGAUACCAAAAAUGUGAUUGCAGCAGGAACUCCUUCAAUUCACACUCUCGCGCACUCUUCAUCAUCCUAAUCAAGCAGGGUUUAGAUUGCACGUCUCCGCAUGUAACAAGGCCUGUAGCCAUGGACAUGGAUGUGCAACCUCCAAGGCUAAGAUUCCUAGUGAGAAACAAUGUCCUCCAUGCCUAUGCAUUCCACAAGGGUCAGCAAAAUUUAGCUGUAAUGAAUCAGGUAAAUACUUGGGAAUUGUUGGGUCCUGUGGUCUCUCACAAGCACUCAACUGUACCCUGAGAGCAUGAAACUAGCCACAGACAAUGCAUCCACAAAUGAGUGUGACUGCGUUCAAAAAAACUUUAUUUAUGAACUAUGAAAAAGCAGGUGAUUUAAAUUCAUAUCAUUUUCACAUGUCACUAAAUCUUAUCACUCUUGAUUUUUAUUUUCAACCAUUUAAAAGCAUAGAAAGCAUACAAACCUUUCUGAGCUCACAGGCCAGAGGGAAACUAGCAGCUGUCAGAAUUGGCCUGUGUGUCAGGCCAUACGUGCAUGGGAAGGGAAGCUGCCCUCCACUGCCAAAAAAAAAAAAAAAAAAGCAUAUUACUAUCUUUGGCCCUCCUGCCACCAGUGGUUUUUGCCUCUCAACUGAACAAACAAUGAUACAGUCCUUAAUGAAGCUGUCUUUAAAGCCAGUGUUCCAGGAAGAUGUGAAAACAAAAGGCACUUGGUACUACUGAGUUGACGCAGUCACAGGCACAUCUCCCCUGGAGCAGAAAGCCCAGGCUCAGGAGCUGACGACCCCUGAACGCCCACCCCACAGAGCCACGGGCUAACGCCCAGAGGCAGCGCAGCCCUUCCCGGCCACCCAGCCUCGCUGAUUUCUAAGCAGGAGUGUUCAUGUUUCUGACUGAUUGACAUUUCAGCCCCACUCAUGUCAUUGCUCUAAAAAUGAUCCUAAAGAAGUGUGCAACAUCAUCUGUAGAAAGCCCGGUCCAGCACAUUUCAAAACCAGCAGUCUUCUUGACUCUUAGAUUCUAGCAAGGGGAAGAAAAUGAAGACUUUUUCUUAACUAUCUUUUCAUUUAAAUGAAUCAAGUAGGUGUUACCAAAACGUGAGGAAGUGAGUCUCAUUCUUUGAAGGAAUUCAUCAGUGAAAAGCAGUUGAUUUUCAGAUCAGAUAAUUUCUCAGGCCUUUAGGGGAUGCCCAGAGCCUCCUGCUAUGGACCCUGGCAGGCUAGGGGAGGUAAACGGUUCCCUAUCUGCAGUAGACAUUUAUCGAGGCUGACAAGACAAAGCCCUUGGCACAAUUUAAUUUUCAUGUAACUACUUCCCAUUGUCCACCUGCAGGCACGAGAAAUGAGCAAUGAGGGUUUUGAAGUCUACUCCAGUGCCUUCUCUUCCCUGUCUUUAUUUGCUUUACUUUGUAAAUUUAUUCUCUACCUGCUUUAUAGCACUUGCUCUAGUUUUGUUUUGUUUUUGUUUUUGUUUUGUUGGCACUAACUAGAAAGGAAGUUGGCUUUACAAGGGCUAUAAAUGAGAAGCCAAACUUGACUCUAUCCCAGGGAGACAAAAAGAGAGAGGUUACUUCACCGGCACCCCAGAAAGCGAUCAAAAUCCCCUGUAUGCCAGCAGUGAACAGAUGGGAUUCUGUGUUUGCAGCGUUGUUCAGUGUGAUCCGGCAAAUUCUUGCUGAGUGCCAGACCCUGUUCCAGGGACAGGGAAGGGAGGAUGAAGGAGACCCGGCUGUGCUCCUGAGGAUCUCCUGGUCUUGCCAGCCACUGAGAGGUUUUCACCAUGAUCGACUAAUCAGAAUGUCUGGAUGUGGGGCCUAGCCCUGCUUUAUACAGUGUAGUUCUCUGAUUCUGAUGCCCGCUGAAGUUUGAGAACCACUGAAGCAGAGGAUGAUGAGAAUGAUUUUCACUGGCAUUGGGAGAAGAGGACUAUGAAGAAGAUAAAAUGACUGGUGUAGUGACAAGAAGGGGCCAAACACACUGCCUCCUCCCACCCUCCUUGGCCCUCCAGGCUCCAAUAUAUGCUCUCUAAUGCAAUGGUUUCAGGGAAGCUUGGUCCUAAUCCCAAUUCCAAUCCUCCCUUAGGACCAGCCCCUUUCAUCCUGGAGAAACACAGCCCAGAAGAGGCACUAGUGAGUCCACCAAGCCCUAGGGAGGCUGCCAUCCAGGCUUCUUUAAACUAAGCAGGUCCAUCAAGAACUGCAGGGACAAUGCAGCAUGACCUGAAUCCUUAGGAGAACUGGUCUCCACACAGCUCACAUGCAGGUGGGGCUGUGCAGGUCGUGGCAGAACAGAGGAGGCUCAUUUAAUGAUGCUACCAUGUUUGUAACAGGACUGAGCCAUGCAGUGUCACAACCCAAAUACCAAAUUGAGUGGAGAAUCAAUGACUUUUCUUGGAAGGAUAAUAACUCCUCCCGAUGAUGUUACUAGAAGUAGAAAAUGAAAAUCAAAAGCAAACCUGCAGCCUUCUCUAGAGACUGGUUCUAUCUAGGACCUAGAAUUUCUAAGACCUACAAAGAUUCCAGGUUCUAUCAAUUCCCUGCUGCACCUUCCCCACCCCCACCCCACAUUAGUCAAUAGCUAUUGAUUUCAUUUUUUGACUUAAUGUCUGAACUUUGUGCAGGUCCACAACUCUUGGCAGGAGCUAGUUGAUUCUUUAUCAGUCAUUUAUACCUAACUGUGGUGUAGAAUCUGUCCUCUUCUAGGGAUUUCUGGUCCUGUAAGUCAGAGAUAUGGGGCACUGGGCUUUUGAGUAGAAUGACAAGAGGAAAAGACUAGGAAGGAGCCCAGACACAUGGCUGUGAAGAGCCAUCACCUGCUGUUUCAGUCCCAAGAACCCCAACUCCUUCUUGACCAGAGACACAUUCUGGGUCAUCUUAGCAGUCUCCUCACUGAGUGUCUUCAGUUUAGUGCAUGGAAAGAUCUGAUUAAAUGCUCAGCCAGUCUAGACCAUGGAGAUUAUAUCGAGAACAACUCAUCUCUAACAUAUUUGUACACUCUGCUAGUACACAAAGGGCUUGCGAGUUGUUAGCCACUGAGAGAGAAAGGGGGCAGCCAGAGCCCCAAGAGGAGAAGGUGAAGUAUUUCUUCAUGUCACUUCACGUGACAGAGAGGUUUGCUCUCCAGCCUGGCCUCUCAGUGAUUUCUCUGAUGAAACAUUUCUUUCCCAAUUUUAAGCCAAUUUCCCAAAAUUAAGCCAAUUUUAUGUUUCCCUGAGGUCAUUUGUUUCAAAGCCUCCUAUAGGACAAAAGGACAAGGUAUGGCACAGCAGGAAAUGGAUGGAGAGGUCUUUGGUAGUUGUGGAAGCGGGGUGGGUUCUGUGCUUGUCGGCAGACCCGGACCUGCAUCCAGUCAGGCCGGGCAGGGAGACAUUAUAGACUGAAGGUCAGAAGCUCAGAUCGAGCCUGGGCAGUGUAGAGGUGGGGUGAGUGAGCACUGAGGGGCACCCACUGGGGAGGCUGGGCACAGCUGAGACAUGCAGGUAGGGGACUGGUCGAACUGUGCCAGCCGUAUGUAUUUGUCAGAAUCAGUGGAGAGAGUGGUGUCCCAGGAUUGCUAGCGUCUCUGGUUCAGAGACAAGCUGGCACCUCUGAACCAAUGGGAUCACUCAUCUCCAGAGUCAGCUCCCACUCUGUGAGAACUUUCCACUGGAUGACUGGACCCUGGGAACAUAGUGCUGUUAGGCUCAGAAAGCUCCUCCAUGCAGUCCUCCUCUGCUGUCACAGGCCCCUUCUCAAGGCAAGAAGAGGAAUUUCUUCUUCUCAGCACUCUGAGUCUAGUAUAGCACCUGGGCACAGCACCUGGCCCAAAGCACGUGCUUGGUAAGUAAAAUACCAGAGAUCACUUGACCUCACUGAGUGGACUAGAUUUGAAAAAUUAAAGUGUUCCUAUGGAGAAAGAUUCCCCCUUCUUUUCUCUUAGUGCAGGUCCUGCAUCAAAUCAGAUGGAAAUGACAUAAAGGGCAGUGGGGGGAGGACAAUAUUCCUGCUGCCCAAAUGGUGAAAGAACAGGAGUGGGUUGUUCAGAGAGUGCCCUCCACCCCCCAGCUAUAACCAGUAAAAGGAGCUGUGGGGGGGGGGGGUGACGAGCUUAGUGAGCCCUUAGGCUCUUCCCUGUACAUCAUGUCCAGGAAAGAGCCAAUGUCCUCCUCUGUUAAAGACCCCAGCCUGCUGCCCUCCAUUCCCUUUGAUCAAAUUCACUGCAGAGGAAAUUCAUCAAGAUGAAGUUCAAUUCCCAAUAGACUAAUGAAAAGAGGGCAACAGACGUGAGAAGAGCCAAAAUGCAGACGUGCGUAUUAAUCACAGGCAACAGAAACAUGUCGACUUUAAUGUCCGCUUGCUUUUAUCUCAAAAUGAAAAUGUAUCUCUGCUGCCCAGAUCCCUUUCUCUGAACAUUUCCAAACAAAAAUGGGACACACACACAGGUACGCACAUUCACACAUGUGCAUGCAAACACACACACCCUCCACACACACUGAGGCUUCUUUUCCUAAACAGGAAGAACUAUCAGAGAAUUGAGCUCACAGGCUGCAUAUAUUUGCAGAAAGCAAAUUGAGAAAAUCAACCACUAAUCUCAGUUACAGUCCUCAGUCUGCAGAAAGGGCGGGGGGUAGGGGGGUGAAGAGGUAUCUGCCCUUGGGAGAGAUGAAUACUUCUGCUUGUGCCUGUGGGUCAGAUGUGAAUGAAACGUACACAUACACUCCUGCAGACAAAAGUGCACCCACCCUACUCAACAUGGAACACAUGGAUCUGGGGCCCACCUACCCCUCUCCUCCCCAGCAUCCUUAUGAUUGCAAAGGAGCUUCUGAGGUGCGGGAUUCACUAGCAAACUUUCAGGUGGUGGAAAUAAGGCAAAAGCGUUUGGGGGAGAGGAAAUUAGACCUGCUACCCAGGACUCAUCACUCAAAGAGUCAAGCAGGAUUGAGGGGAAAGGUGACUCAGCUGGAGAGGGCACAGGGAGGCUCAGUAGGCAUGCCAGCAAAGGGAACAAUCCCCUCCCAGGAAAUCAGAGCAUUGCUCUGUUUUGUAAGCCAUAUACGUUUCAGGAGAUUCUAGCUGAGUCUGGCAGUAUGGCUACAGAGGCUGUCAGAGCAAUUGCUCCAAAGUCAGAACUGUUUGAAGGUGAUUUAGUUCUUAAUUGAACUAGUUGUGAUGGAUCAGUCCACCUGAUUGCUUCCAGCCUGGCCUCUGUGGCUUCCAAAAAGUGUUGUUGGUGACCUAAGCUGGACAGACUUGGAAGGAGAUUGAAGAAAACCAGUUGGUGAGCUUAGAAAAGAAAUUGCAUGUAGAAGUUGGUUGUUUUCAAAGAAAUCUGUAGGCAUUUAGUGUUGGAUGUGUUAUGUUAGUGGCAUGAACAUUAGGUCAGUAAGGUAAGAGUCAGAAUGAUUUGGUAGGGCAUUAGUUCAGAUAAUUAGUUAAUGUGUUAAAUAUAAAUUACUAGACACAAAGCUAAUGAUAUCUAAAUAUAUGUGUAUCAAUAUAGAUACAUAUCUAUAAUACCAAAAUAAAUAAGAUAUAAAAUGA